AUCGGGCGCGGCGCGUUCCUAUUGGCUGAGGGCGGCGGGCCCAGCAGCGCUGCGCGGCCUCUCCCGCCUCCUCCCCCCGCCGGGCCCGCAGGGGACAGAGAGUGUGAGCGGGCGGCUCCGGGACGAUAGGCAUUUUCUGAAGAUUGAAGGACCUGCUGAACGGAUCACCUGCUUUUGAGGUUGCAAAGGUGCUCAACCAUGGCUGACCUGGAUCACAGCCUCAGCCUUGCGGAUGCUCUGACAGAGCCACCUCCUGAGAUUGAGGAAGAGGUGAAGCGGGACUUCAUUGCCACGCUGGAAGCAGAGAAGUUUGACGACGUGGUUGGAGAGACGGUGGAUAAAACAGACUAUGUGCCUCUGCUGGACGACGACGAUGCUGGGAGCCAGGAACCAAAAAGCAAAGCCCAUGCUGACAGCAUCCAGGUGGAACAUCCUUCAGCCACUGGGCCAACCGUAAUAGAAAAUGGCGACCAUGGGAUGGCAGAUCACCGCCCAGUGUUCCCAGGAGAAAUCAUGGAUGAAAAGCUGUCCUAUAAGGAGUUCCUCGACCGCAACGACACGUGGGCCAUGGAUGACAGAGAGCUGUGCUUUGAGCCACAGCCAGUGUUCCAAGCCAUGGAGAUGGCAGACCCCUUCAGCAUGCACCGAGGGGAGAACCUGCAAGACCUGUCAUUUCCUCCUGACAUGAAGAAUGUGCAGCUCUUCACAGACCAUGCUGACACUUCCACAGACAUCCAUGUGCCACAUGGGUCUGUGAUGGUACCCGACCAACAGUUCCUGGGGUCCCCCUAUUGCCCUGCAGAGGUCUUAGACCCGUCAGCCUUCAUGGGCCUCGAUUCAGCUGCAGAAUUUCUGCAGGACAAAGCAGUGCCUGAAGAUCAUUGGAUGGGAGCUCAGCAUUACGCGACGGGACCGGAUGCCUCUUUCUUUGCUGAGCCACCAGUGCCCCCCACAGCCCCUGGAGCAGAAGUGCUGGCUAUGCCAGAAUGCCCUGCAGCAGCAGCUCCUUACUUUGUUCCUACGGCGUUAGCAACAUCCCCAGCAGAGGCCGAAGCUGCUGAGACACCAAAAGCUGAUGCUGAGAGCGUUGUUGCCUCGGAUGCCACGUCCACAUCUGCAGAGCAAGCUGGGCCCGUCCUUGCAGGGGACACGAAGCCUCCUCGUGCUGCAGAUGCUGAGUCUGCACCUCCAGCAGAAGCUGAGCCCCCCCAGGGCACGGAUGUGGGCUUUGUCCCUGCAGCAGAGGCCAAACCUCCCAGUGCUGCUGCUGCUGCAUCUUCCCCAGUGCUGGAUGCUGCCUGGAGCCCAGCAGGGGAUGCUCAGCCCCAUUGCGCCGUGGAUUUGGAGUUUGCCCCAGCAGCAGAUACAAACCCUCACCAUGCUGCGGAUCUGACGUUUGCCCCCACAGCUGAUUCUGAAUCUCAUCGUGAUGCAGAUUCGGAGUUUACCUUUCCAGCAGAAGUGGCCCAUCUUCAUGCUGCAGAUUCCAGCACUGAUCUGGCAGCGGAUGCCAAACCUUCUCCUGCAGAUUCAAGUUUUGUCUCUGCACCAGAAGUCAAGUCUGUCUGUGCGGCUGACACCGGAGUCUCUGCACUGGAAGAGCUGGUGACAUCCAAGCCCACUGCUGAGCAUGACAAAUCCCCCUCCCAUGAAGCUCCUGCAGAAACAACUGCAAGUAUGGAACAAGAAGCGAAAGCCCCCGAGGGUUAUGUUGAUGUUUCAUUAGAGAAAGCAAAGGACAGCGCAUCAUCUGCCAGCCACCACGCUGAGCACCUUCCAGCACCAACCAACCAUCUCCCAGAGCCCGCAGUCCCGCUAGAAACAAAAGAAGACACAGAGCUAGCAAACAAAGAGCUCCUUUCAGAGCGCUGUGUUGCUGCUGUGGAUGUCCCUGCAAUGGAGCAACAGAAGGAGGAGACUGAGCAGAACCACAUCCAGCACACAGAGCCCCCGCAAGGAGCAGCCCUGCAAGAGCCUGCAGGUCCGCCUCCUGCACAAAUGAGGCAAGCUAACAAACCGAGUGGACGCGGGGCUGGCCGAGCACAGCCUGCCCUGCUGCCCACUGCAGAUGGAGCAGAGGAGCGCCCCGUAGGUCCCCCACAGCAGAAGAGCUCUGAGCGUGGAGCAGAGCAGUGCUGUGCUGCAGAGCUGCCGUGCGCUGCUGGAGCUGCCCCGCACGGCACAGCUGCACCCAGGAGGGCAGCAGAGCCUCCCCCAGAGCUCACCCGGAGCAGCAGAGAUGUGCCGCGGGAGAGCUGGGAUAUGGAAGGUGCUCUGGCUGUGGGCAAGAAAAAGAAAAAGAAACCGAAACAAAGGAGAAACCACCUGCCAAGAGCCGUGGAGUUCUGGGAUGAAAACACAGCAGCCUGCAGAGCUCCUAAGAGUUCUCCGUUGGCUGUUGAGUUGCAAAAAGCAGCUGCUGGGCCCAGCGUGCCUGCGGAGCUGUUGUCUGCCUCGGGAAACAGAGCUUCAGAUGUGCCAAAGGAUGCUGCAGUAAUAACUGGGAGUCACAGCCCGUAUGACCCAAACAGCCAUGUAAUGCCAGCACUGGGCCGGCAGGGCACCGAGAGCAGCGCGCCGCUCAAAUCAGGGCUGGAUGAGAAAAAUAGAGACAUCAUGAGAGCAGAGGAAAUGAGAGGUGACAGCUCGAUGGUGCAGUGCGAAGGGAAAGGGAAGGUGCCCUCAGAGCAGAGAGGAGAGAGUGGGGUGGGGGAGCCCAUAGCAGCAGAGGUGCCAGCCAUGUCUGUGGGAAGAUUUCCUGAUAGAAAUGGGAAGAGGGAGGAUAGGGAGCCAGCGUGGGCUGACCCGAAGGCAUCUCCUUCAGCAGCCAUCGAUAUAAGCAAGGUAGAAACUCCUUCCCAAAUUCUUCCUUCUGAUAAAGGUAAGCGUGCUAAGGGUGUACCUCCCAAGCACAAAGCACCCAGUGAUACCAGCUGCGAGCUUCAGGCUUCCAGUGGGUCACUGGGAGAAGCAGCACAGGAGAGUGGUGGGCAAAACAAAGAGCUGAGCAAUGGAUCCUUCCAAGCACCUCCAGCCCCGUCCACCCUGGUUUCCAACAAGCCAAGUGCAGCAGAUGGAGCCAAGCUGGCAUCCCCCAGUGAGCGUGAGGCCGUUGGCUUAAGUACUUCUGAGGGAGUAUUGAAGACCCCAACAGAUGCCAGCAAAGUGUCCGUUACGCCAUUAAUGGCUCAGAACCCCGAGCAAGGCAUUGCUCUGCAGAACAGGAAGGCUGAUGGUUCUGCUGAGCAGCCAGCUCUAAUGGAAGGCAGAGCUGCUCAUGCUGAGGCAGCACACAGAGGUACAGCAGCGUAUUCCCCUGGCAGAAAGAAAGGGAAUGGGUUUAUUGCAGAGGAGCAGCAGACUGGAAGAGACCUCAAUGAUGCACACGGGAUGGACAGACCUAAAAAAAAGCGCAGUGAAGGGAAAGGCAAAAGAGUGAGAGGUUUCUCUGAGCAGGGUCAGGAGGAUGCGGGCUCUGAUGGAGUGAGGACGGGGGACGUGACAAGGGAAAGGCCUUUCCCUGAUAAAGGUGGGGAGGGUGGUUAUGCUGCCAGGGGACACACGUCAGCAGACAAGCCCAAAAAGAGAGGUAGUGAUGGGAGGAGUAAAAAAGGUGAAAAAAGCUUUUUCCAGCAGCCUUUUGUGGAGACUGAGAUGGGCCUUAGUAGCUCUCCUGACAGAGCUGGCACGGCUCAGGAGGUCAGCGAUGAGAGGGGCCAUGUCACUGCUGUGUGCUUCCAGGAGAGCACGUCGGGUGCAACUGCAGCACAAAGGCUCUUUGAGGGAGUAACAGAGGAGCCCAGAGAAAAUGCUGGGAAAUGUGAGAUGGCUGAGCUGGGGGCUUUGGGCCAGCAGUUCCUUCCAGCGGGUAGGAGAGCUGAUACAAAGCAUCUCGCCGUGGCUGACACCAUCAACAAAACAAAGGAGGUCAAUGUUGAGGGUGAAGGCAGAGAGGCUGGAGAUGCUUCUCCAGGUAGAUCAGAUGGGAUGGGUUCCGAUGCAGACAAACGUAGGAAAAGGUGUAGUGAUGGGAAAAGGAAAAGGAGUGAGAAGGGCCCUUCUGGGCUGACAGCUGUCCUGGACACCGGGCUGGGAGCUCUUCCAAGCAAAGAAAGGGGUGGUGGGGAAAUGAAGGAAGUGGGUUCUGAGAAGGCGCCUGGUUUUGAAAGAGGGGGUUUGCUGGAGAACGUGACAGCUGUAACAAAGGAGGUGCUGGAAAAGCCUAAAGGAGAGGGUAGAAGUUCCUCUCAUCAGCCAGUCCAUCCAAGCCAUAAAACAGAGCCAGAAAUAGGCAAUGUUAAUGAAACGUGGCCCACAGCUGAGGAUAAGGAGACAGAUGUUCAUACGGCAGAGCACAGGGCAGACACAGUGAUGGCACGUGGUCCCACCAGGGAGAUGGAGGCAGACAGACCUGAGGAAAAAGGCAGAGGGACGAAAGGCAAAGAGGCUGAAGGCAGCCAUGGGCAGCCUGUAGCACUGGAUCUGGGUAUUAUCCCUGCUGUGGGUGGGGAGGUGGGAAAUGCUCAACAAAUUCAGUCUAAAGAGAACAACGCCAGUGCUUCAGUAAGUCUGCUAGGUGACCCAAGUGGUGCUACUAAAGCACAAGCUGCUGCUGUACCUCUGGAGCCAGAAAAGCUGAGCACAAGGGGUAAAGAGAGAUGCCAAAGGGCAGAGGUUGGCCCAGAGCUCCUCCUGGAGCCCAGCACAGGAGCAGAGAUGUGUCCCCCCCCUGGCAGCAGAGCAGUCAGCCUUCCUGGUGCAGAGCAUCCUGCAGAUCACAGCUCAGCCACCAUUACUGGGAGAUCUAGAAAGAGAGGUAGCGAGGGAGGAGGUAAAAAGUCCAAGGCUGGCCCUGAGCAGCCACCCGUGGGGCCUGAGAUGGAGUUUGGGAUGGAAGAAAUGGGUUUUGUGGAUGAGAACAGAAAUAUUAGUUUCCCCAUCGGCCCUCAAGUGCUUUGGGAUAAUCAGGGAAACCACGUGGAGUCCUUGGCCUGGGGGGCACAUGAGGGGCUGCCUUCAGCUGGGGUGGCAGUGGAGAAGAGCAGCACGGAGCCCGGAUCCAGCUAUGGGAAGGAGGUGUGCAGCCAAACACAGCCCGAGAAACCUGUUGGUGUGGAGCACAAAUUGCCUGGGAAAGAGGAGCCAAAGAAAGGGGAAGAUGGAGCCAGAGAGACUGUGGCCCAGUGCAGGCUGGAGGCAGACGGACCGCUGUCUUCUGGUCGUUCAGCUCAGCAAGACGUUCAGACAAGAAAAAAUGAAGCUCUCCUUUCUCCUGAGGCAAAGGCGGAUGAUAAAGGGACUGAAGAAAAACAAAGCGGUGCCAGCACUGCCUCUGCCCUUCCCCAGGAGGAGGUGGAUGCACAGCACUGCCUGGCACCUGGUGGUACCCGAGGGGUGGAGGGAGCUGGAGGGGUCCCAUCUGUGGGGGAGGAUGCUGUGGCAGUGGGGAGCGGAGCAUCGCGGGCUGCAGUGGAAGAGCUGAUGGGGAAGGACAGCGAGGGGAGCGGCGUGGGUGCAGCCAUGGAGAGCACUCAGCACCCAUAUGGGUCAGGAGGUGGAGUGGAGGCAGCUGGAGUGGAUCUGACUGCUGCCCCAGCAUCCCUCACCCCCCCUGAGGAUGGCAGUGAGGUUCAGCGCCGAUCCGCAGAAGGCGAUGCUGGGGGAUCCCACCUGAAGGCUGUCCCAGUUAAGGAAAAGGAAGAACCUGACCUGAAAGCUGCCCCAGAGGCAAAGAAAGAGCGAGCGAAAGGUGCGGAGCAACUGAAGGGCUACAUGAGACCCACCAAGGCCAGAGGGCUGCCCGCGCUGCCGGCCCGGCCCGCUGCUCCGGAUGGGGAGAAACAGAGGCAGCUGAGAGGCAGCGCCGUGAGCCGGCCCAGGCAAGGCAAAGCAAAACCAGAGGAACCCAAAGCAGCCGACGCCGUGACGGGGAACGACAUCACAGCACCCCCCAACAAGGAGCUGCCCCCGAGCCCCGAGAAGAAGACGAAGCCUGCAGCAUCCACAUCAUCAGUAAAGCCCACGGCAACGAAAGCCAGGCCUGCGGCCGCCACCAGCCCCAAGCGGCCGAGCUCUGCCGCUCCUGGCCCCCACAAAAAGCCCAGCAGCCCCACGGCGGGCCCUCCUGCCUCCACCACUCCCAAGCGCCCAACCAGCAGCGCCACGCGGCCCUCCACCCUCACUGCAAAAGAGAUUAAGCCAAAGGUCACAGAUGCAAAGAGCCCGGAUAAGAGGACCUCACUCUCAAAGCCUCCAUCAUCCGCUGCUCCUCGUGCUGCUGCCAGGAGCACCACUGCUGCUCCUCGGACAACGGCCUCCUCCCCUGUGACUGCAGCUGCUGGGGCGAAGAGUACCACUGCCUCCCCACCCAAGAGGCCGACAUCCAUCAAGACUGAUACGAAGCCUGCAGAUGCCAAGAAGACCAUUGCAAAGUCACCAUCAGCAGACCUGGCCCGCCCUAAGAGCGCUGCUGGAAGCACUGUGAAGAGCAGUGCCACCACUCCCACCACCACCACCACUACCAGCACCACAGCUGUGCCCGGUGCAGCCGCCAGCCGCCCCAAACCCAAACCUGCAGCAUCCAAACCAACCACCACCUCCAGCACCACUGUGGAUGCAAAGAAACCACCUGCAAAGGCUGCAACCAAACCCAGCGCUGCCCCCAAACCGCUGCGCCCGACCAGCAGUACUUCUGCUCCCGACCUGAAAAACGUACGUUCCAAAAUCGGCUCCACGGAUAACAUCAAGCAUCAGCCUGGUGGAGGAAAGGGGAAGGUAGAGAAAAAGCCAGAAUCAGCCGCUGCUGCCCGAAAGUCUGAGCCCAAUGCAGUCCCUAAAAUGGCUCCAACUAAAACAGCCGUAACAAAAGAGGGUGUCCCAAAACAGCCCAAUGGGAAAGUCCAGAUAGUCUCCAAAAAGGCGAACUACAGCCAUGUUCAGUCCAAGUGUGGUUCCAAGGACAAUAUUAAGCAUGUCCCUGGAGGUGGGAAUGUGCAGAUUCAGAACAAGAAAGUGGACCUCUCCAAAGUGUCCUCCAAGUGCGGCUCGAAAGCAAAUAUUAAGCAUAAGCCAGGGGGAGGAGAUGUCAAAAUCGAGAACCAGAAGCUGAACUUCAAGGAGAAGGCCCAGGCCAAAGUGGGUUCUCUGGACAACGUGGGGCACUUGCCAGCAGGAGGAACAGUGAAGGCUGAGGGCAGCGCGGAGCCAGGGCAGCUCCCGCCAGCCCCUCAGAACGGAGAGGUGCGAGCGGCGCAGGCAGGCAGCGCCCUGCAGGAGAAUGGCGUAGGGCCGGCGGUGCCCACUGCCCUGAGCGGUGGUGACCAAAGGGAAAUUCAGAGCUUCGAGACUCAGAUACAAGAAACAAAUUGAAUCCCACAAGCUGACGUUCCGUGAGAAGGCGAAGGCGCGCACCGACCACGGAGCGGACAUCGUCGUCGCCUCCAAACCCCCCACCCUCCCCAGCAGCACCUCCAUCUGCGACAGCCCGGCCUCCCCGGCGCAGCUGCAGCCGCCGCCUCUCCCCGCAGCGCUCCCGCAGCAAGGCUUGUGACCCCCCUGUCCCCACGCCCCGUAACGCAGCUUGGCUCUCUUCACGCGGCCUCCGGCUUCACGCGGGACGGGGAUGCACCCAACGGCCCCAUCCCUUCAGCUUUGGGGGUUCGGGGGUCAGUGCUGUGCUGUCCCAGGGGCUCUGGGGGGAGCGCGGCGGCGGCCGAAGCCGGGCUGAGUUAAUAGGGAUAAGCUGUGAUUUCUUUCUUUUUAAGAGAACCCCCUUUUCCUCCUUGCUGCUUUGUCCCCUGCCCCAUUGACGCUGUUUCCACACACAUUAGGGCUGUUUUAACUGUUGACUUUUACCUUUUAUUCUUCGUGACGAUGUGUUGAUGAUUUAUUGUGCUACAAACCCACACUGAGGUUCCUUUUCUCUUUCCUUAACCAUAGAAGAGUAGGGACAUUAACCGCUGCUGCAGUGCUGCUUCUUACUGACAUAUCCAGCAGUCGUAACUUUUGUUGUUGGUUGGUUGUUUUGUUUUCUUUUUUUUUUUUUUUAAAGUAUUUUAAAAUCGAUGGAGCAAAUUCAUGGGAUUAAGCCAUGUCUGAAAGCGGAAGGCGUAGGGAUGUGUCGAAGGAAAGCUUCUUGCUGAGCAGCUCAGUCAGAGUUGUGUUGGCCGCAGCUGGAAACGUUGCGUUGGUGCCAGCCCCGGUGUGCGGCGAGGUUGGGUUGGGUGUUGGUUGGGUUUUGGUUGGUUUUGGGUUAGCGAUUGGUUGUUGGCUGUUGGUUGGUUGGUGGUUGACUGUUAGUUGAUUGUUGGUUGGCUGUUGGUUGGUUGUUGGUUGGUUGUUGGUUGGCUGUUGGUUGAUUGUUGGUUGGCUGUUGGUUGUUGGUUGGCUGUAGGUUGUUGGCUGGCUGUUGGUUGGCUGUUGACUGGCUUCUGGCUAGCUAUUGGUUGGCUGUUGGUUGACUGUUGGUUGGUUUUUGGUUGGCUUUUGGUUAGUUGUUGGUUGGUACAGCCCAACUUGGGCUCCUUCUGGCUGGAGGCUGAGCACGGGCUGUGCAGCUCUGUGGCUCCUGGGCAGCUCCAUGGCUAUGGGGCAGCUCUGUGGGUUCGGGGCAGCCCCGUGGUGCGCAGGGCUCGGAGUGGGGCCAGGAAGUGCAGAGGGUGUGUGGGUGCGGAGCUGGCGGGGUGAGCUGCUGCGUGAGGCCUGAGCUCCUCGUUCCGUGUUUGCAAAUGACACUAAAAAAAAAGAUGAAAUGUAAAUAAAAAAGUAAAAAAAAAUAAUAAUAAUAAACCAGAGAAGCAUUCUUGGGUGGUCGAAGUAAUUUAAAGAGAGAAAAAAAAAAAAAAAAAAAAAAGGAAAAAAAAAAAAAAAAAAAAAAAAAAAAAGCAGAAUAGAGAAACACUGGGAUCAAAGUCAAUGGGAGCAGGCGCUGCCGGGGCUGCGCGGAGGGCGGAGGGAAGCUGAGGGAAGCUGAGGGCUUCUCUGCUUUGUGGGAACGGUUCUUGGGGAAGCCGACAACGACACGAUAACCCGGAAUCUGUAUUUACACACAAAGAUUCUUAUUGCACUUGUAUUUUUUAUAUUAAAGUUUGCAUGAUUUCUAAUAAAAUGGCAUUAAAAUGUACUAGUUUGCAUCCAAGUCGUCUGGCUAGUUUCAUAAGUGCUUUUUUCCUCUGGAUACAAAUUGAAACAAGCAAUGCAGAUUUGCACCUGAGCGGGGCGGUUAUAUAUACCCACAGCCCCGCUGCCUUCCUCCUCCUCCUGCUCCUCCUCCUCCUUCUCCUCCUCCUCUUCUUCCUUCUCUUCCUCCUCCUCCCCCUCCUCUCCACCUCCCCCCUGUGCCCCCUCAGCCCCACAGAGGCCCCCUGCCCCGCUCCCACCACCCCACCUCCCUCACACCCCCAGUAUAUAUCACUGCCCCUCCGCUGACGCUUCCUUCUUUCCAUCGCUAAAUUCUGAGCACCAAGCUCCAUCUCUGCCAUCUGUCGAUACGUAUUUUUAUUUCUGUUUGUUAGUUUUUCCAGCACUUUUGGAAUAGGGCUGUUGGAAGGGGGGGGGCUCAGGGCAGCUCAGCCCCUCUGCUUCUCCUCCCAGCUCUGUACCGGAAUGCAUGCGGGGCUGGUGCUGCUCGGGGUCCCCACAGAGGUGGAUGCAGCCCCGCUCAGCUCUGGCACUGCUGUAGGAAAGCAAUGGCAACGCUGCACUUUAUCUUUGGAGCUGCGUUGGGUCGCCCAGCCCCAACCCGCGCUGUGCCCACACGUCACUGCCAAACUGAUGCAGCGCUGUGUGGUCACUGGGAUGGCUGCAGUGCACUUGGGGCAGUGCUGAUGUUGGGAGGCAGCGGCUGCGUUGGGUUUUGUCCACACGUGGAGGCUGCAGUGGAGCUGCUGGGGGCAGAGCAGGGCAGGGAGCGGUGCCUGGCGCUGCCUGAGGGCUCCGGGUACCAAAAUUCUUUUUUGGGGGGGCAAAAAAAUAAUACUUAUUUCUUUUAAUUAAGUUGUGGUUUGACUUUGAUGCAACGUGAAUGUACGGCUGCGCGGUGCUGAGCGUGGGGCUGCGGCGAUGGCACAGCGCGGUGCUGGAGGGGCCGUGGUGGGAGAUGCUGAGCGCAGGGAUGCUGCUCUGCAGUGCUGUGCCCUGGGCUCAGGGUGGGAGCACCGAGGGGCUGGAAGCAGCCGGCUCUCAGGGGCUGCUGCUCAUUGUGGUUACUGCGGGCCUUUUUCUACUGUACAGUCUACUGUCCUGGCUGCGGACUGAAUGUAAUGCGCUCUGCUGCCCCGGGCUCCCCCCUGGCUCUCAGUGGUGGCAUUUGGGCAGAAUUUCUCAGCAGCAGCCCCUGGGUCUGGGCACGAAGCCCAGGGCACAGCGGAGGAGCCCCCCGUCCUUCACCCCAUCCCCACCCAGCACCCUCCAGCGCUGCCCGCGCCAUCCCUGCGCAUCCCUGCACACAGAGUCUCGCUGGCCACCAGCUGGUGUCUGGGAUCCAUCAGACACGAGGCUCCUCCCGCACCUCCCAGCAUCGCUCCGGCAGCCUGGGAUGCGGGGCAGGAUGUGGGGCAGCGCUGGGGACACAUUCAGCCCCGUGUGGGGUGAGCACAGCACCAGGCUCCUCAUAGGAACCCUCCUCUGCCUGGGUUUCCCCACUGGUGGGGAGGGGAUGAUGUGAACCCCACUGCGAGGAGCACGCUGAGCAUUGGCCACAUGGGACGUGUCCUCAUCAUUUCGUGCUGUUGUGCUGCAGCUCUGGGGUUGGAGCUGCGCAGCAGUGGGGGCAGAGGGUUGGGGUGGCCGCUGUGCACCCACCAGGGCUGUGUGUGUCUGUCCUGAGCACCAUUUCCCGAUUAGAUGUUGUGAUUCCUCUUCCUGUUGUAAACCAGUUGAAAUGAAUAAAGCUUCUCGAUGUUGCCCUCA